AUGAAUGAGAAGCAGCGCGGAGGCAUGGACGUCUUGCAGAAAAACCGACAUAAAGGAGUGCCACAAGCAGACUUCGCACCCUUUUUCUACGACAAUGGACCCUACAACUACAAUGGGAACAUGGCGCUGUUCAGCCUCUCAGAGGACACGGCUGUCGGUACACAGAUCUAUUGCCUCAAUGGCUCAGACCCUGAGGGCCAGGAGGUGAGGUAUGGUCUUUCUUUUGAUCCAGGGUCAAGAGAAUACUUUAGGGUCAACUCCAAAACUGGAAACAUCACAUUGGCGGAAAAGCUGGACAGAGAGAAACAAGAUUCUAUUGACGUCCUUGUCAGCAUCACAGAUGGACAAAGCAAGGUUGUGGAAAGAGUCACAGUAUUUGUAAUGGAUGCAAACGAUGAAAAACCUGAAUUCCAAAACCUACCGGCAAUCAUUGAAGUCCUGGAAACAACUGAGUCUGGCAGCAGCAUCUACAAAGUGGAGGCAGUGGACAAAGACACAGGCUCAGGGGGCUCAGUCAACUACUUCCUCCAGAAUGCUCAGUCCAGUUUGUUUGCCAUGGACAGGAAUAGUGGUGUCCUUCGUAUUAAAUCUGGAGAAACGUUGGACUAUGAGAAAACAAAGACGCACUUUGUCACUGUCGUUGCAAAGGAUGGUGGUGGUAAUUUCAAUGGCAAGGAGCAGUUCAUGUCAUCCUCUGCUACUCUGACGAUCAACGUGGUUGAUGCACAAGACACUCCGCCAGCCUUCAUUGGGACACCGUAUUUUGGCUACAUUUAUGAAAUCUCAGUGCCAGGAUCUGAAAUAUUCACUGUCGUGGCAAAAGAUGGCGAUGUGGGAAGCCCAAAUCCAAUCCAGUAUUCCUUUGACAGUGGCGACGAUGGGGUUUUUAGCAUCAAUAAAACAAGCGGUUGCAUCACCCUGCUGACUGACCCCAUGUAUCUGAAGAGAGAGAUCUUCAAUAUUAAAGUCAAGGCAUCAGAAGUGAGUCCUGAAGGCAGGCUCUUGGACAGUGGGGCGACCAUGCUGGUGAUCCGUGUGGUGGACCUGAACAAUAAUCCGCCUACUUUCUACGGAGAGAACGGCACCCAGAACAUGUUUCAGCUGACCAUGUAUGAGCAUCCCCCCGAGGGAGAGAUUCUCCGAGGGCUGAAAAUCACUGUCAACGACUCCGAUCAGGGUGCGAAUGCUAAAUUCAAUCUUAAACUCAUCGGACCAGGAAGGAUGCUGCGAGUCGUCCCGCAGACUGUCCUCAAUGAGGCCCAGGUCACAAUCUUAGUAGAAGACUCUGCUGCCAUGGACUUUGAGAAACACCACUUCAUCACAUACAAGCUACUUGCAGUUGAGAUCGAUACACCCGAGAGGUUCAGUGCCACAGCAGACAUUGUCAUACAUCUCUUGGACACGAAUGACAACGCUCCCAAAUUCUCCUCCGAGUACUACAUCGCCAGAAUACCAGAAAACUCACCCGGUGGCUCCAAUGUAGUGUCAGUCACGGCUAUAGACCCAGACUCAGGACCUUGGGGUGAUGUGAAGUACUCCAUCUAUGGAUCAGGGGCUGAAUUGUUCUCGAUCCAGCCUGCAUCUGGGAUCAUCUACACCCAGCCGUGGGCGAGCCUGGACGCCGAGGUGAGGUCAAAGUACAACUUCUAUGUGAAGGCAGAAGACGCUGAGGGGAAGUACAGCCUGGCUGAGAUCUUUGUGACUGUGUUGGACCUGAAUGACCACCCACCUGCAUUCAACAAUAACUUCCUCGAGAAGACCAUGGUGAUUGGAGCACCAGUAAAAAUAGAGGCUGUGGACCAAGAUGCAGAAAUACCCAACAAUGUUAUCGAGUAUGCCAUCAUGAAAGCUGAGCCAGACAACAACAUAUUUGACAUUGACGCUGACACGGGGGAGAUCAUGCUGAAGUCCUACAUUAAGUCGAUGGCCAUCAUUCAGAACAUCACCAAGCAGACAGACUGCACCUGGUCUCUGGUGGUGCAGGCCCGGGACCGCGGCAAGCCGUCCUUCAGCACCACUGCGGUCAUCAAGAUCGACAUCACUGAAGCUACCCAACUCAGUGGGGGGCCUUUGGGAUCUAUUUUGCAAAGUAGAAACAAUCCAUUUCAAAUCCUAGGCCUGCUUGCUAGUGCUAUUAGUCUCAUGGUCGUAGUCACAGUCAUCAUCUCCACUGCAACAUUCAUGCGCAACAAAAAGUCCAACCGGAUUCAGCCUAACCGCCGCGUGAGGAGGAGGAAAGAAAACCCCUGGAACCUCAACAACCCCUUAAAGAAAGCAGAAAACCCCGCAAAGAAAUUCAGAGUAGAAGAGGAGGAAGAGGAAGAGCCAGCGUCGGAGCCAGAGCCUGAGGUCAUUGUUGAGAAUGUCAACUACAACAACAACGUCACUAAUGUUGUGAGACACUGGCCUUCGCCUCCUCGUGCCCCUCCUCGUGACCCUCCUCGUGCCCCCCCUCCUCCUCCCCCUUACAUCCAAGGGGAGAGGCAGUGGUCGGUACCCACAGUCUCAGCUACAGUGGCAAUCAAACCUAAAAAGAAGUCAGCGAUGAAAAGACAGGACACUGUGAACUUAGCGCUGGUUUCAGAGCUCAAGAUGAGACUGGAACAGAAGAAGAUGCUGAAACAAUAA